AUGACCUCUCCAACUCCCCUCUCUCGCAAUGAGUCUCUGACAUCCAAACGAAGCACAAGUUUCGGUUCUCGCCUGUUUCGAUCAAAGAGUGGAGAAGGAUUGAGUGAACGAAAGAGCUCAGGAGGCCGCUUGAGGAAAAAGCACAAUGAGAUGGAUGAAACUCCCAAGGCUACACAGUCUCCUCCGCGCCUUCCAGGCUACACUCCGCAGCCACUGGGUCUCCGACCGUUCAGUGAAGAGAACAGCCCUCACUCGGCAUCCAAAGACUAUCGAAACGGCACAUCCACUCCACCUGUACCUCCUCUGCCCAGCAACCUGGAAAGGGAAGUCGUCGAUCCAUAUGCUCGGACAGAAAGCAUGACACAUCGUGGCCGCUACUCUUACGCGAACUCAACCGUAUCGACGCUCAAUUCACCUCGCAGAGUCCGACGGCGCAAAGAUCCCACCCCGUAUAAUGUCUUGAUCAUCGGUGCAGGAAAUUCCGGCAAAACAUCUUUCCUCAACUUCCUGAAGAGCUCUCUGGCUUUGCCGCCGAGGAAGCUACCACACCGAUCUCCAGAUGGCGACACUCCCCCUUCCUCAGCUCGGCCGAACCCACACUUUGUGCACCAUUACCAGGAAAUUGAGGUGGACAAUGAAAGAAUAGGACUGACACUGUGGGAUUCACAGGGCCUGGAUAAAGGAGUUGUGGACCUCCAACUAAGAGAUAUGACCAACUUUGUGGAGAGUAAAUUCGACGACACUUUUCUUGAAGAGAUGAAAGUUGUCCGUUCACCUGGCGCCAGGGACACCCACAUUCACUGUGUAUUCUUUAUUCUUGACCCUGCCAGGUUGGAUUCGAACAUCAAUGCCGGACAAGGAGCGGCCAACGGCGUGGAAACCAGCCGAGUCGGCAAACCACCUCGAAUAGUCGGCGCACUCGACGAAGACUUCGAUAUUCAGGUCAUCAGAGCUCUUUCGGGCAAGACCACCGUUAUUCCUGUGAUCAGCAAAGCAGAUACCAUCACGACUGCGCACAUGGCAUUUCUGAAAAACAAGGUCAGUAGAAGUCUGAAGAAGGCCGGUCUCGAUCCGCUCGAAGCCCUGAAUUUCGGUGCCGAGGAAACCGAAGAUGACAGGCUUGACGAACGCGAUGAGGAUGGAAACAGCAGUGGCGGAGGUUCAGAAAGUGGUGGAGCCUCAGCGAGGAGUGAGGACUCUGAGCUGGACCACACCACUUCCAACAUGAAGCGGCCCAUCAUUCACAAGCGUCAGGCCUCAAACAUGUCGACAACAGGAAACAUAGAUGAUAGUGGCUUUGUUCCUUGGUCAAUUAUCAGCCCGGAUAAGUAUUCACUCGAUGCGAAGUAUGGCCCAAUUGGUCGACAGUUCCCAUGGGGAUUCGCCGAUCCUUACAAUGCAGAGCAUUGUGACUUUUCGAAGCUGAAGGAGACCGUAUUCGCCGAGUGGCGAUCGGAAUUGCGAGAAGCAAGUCGUGAAGUUUUCUAUGAGCGAUGGCGAACAAAUCGUCUCAAUCGUCGGGGCUUGUCGAAUGGACUUCCGUCAGGGCCCAGACAAAGUUCUGGCAUACCGAUUCAACUAUACCCUCGAGUCCGUUAA